GGUGUACACGGACAUCUAGUGCUAUCUCGCUCAGUGCCGCGCACUGCGUGCCCAUUAAAACAUUUUUCUUCACUCGUUUUUUCGUGAAUCCUGCGAAUCCGAACUUUAUUGUUCAGUUUUUCGCGUUUUUCCGAUUCGUGACAAAAGUGUGUAUUUUCGUUUUAGGUGAUAAUGUUUGGCUUUUUACAAUAAUAAGACGUAAAAGUCGAAACACUUGAAGGCGUAAAAGUCGUGGCACAGAAGCAUAGAAAGAAGGAAAAGAAGAGGAAAACAAUAUUUGCGGUUCGCGUCGCGGCGACCUCAAACUGCUUCGUCCAGGCCAGGCCAGGAAGAAGAAAGGAACGCAACCGAAUAAAAUAUAAGAGUGGGCUGUGUGUGACUCUUCGGCGGCCACCUCGCCGUCAGAGGAUAGCGAGUUUGUGCCAAUCGUGAGCGGUGGCGGUGUAUCAUCAUCAUACAAAAUAAAAGAUUCACAAAGGUGUGUGGUAGUGAAUGUGAAUUGAAACAAUAACAGAAGAGUUGUUUUGUUCUUUUUUAUCUGUUAUCUGAAAAGAAUCUUAUUGGAUAAGUGAAGAAGUUAGGAGUAAAUUGAAAAGUGGGUGUUUAAUGAACUAGAGUUGAGAUUGUUGAAAAGCGUCGAUGCCGUAAAAAUAAGUGUCACCAAAGCAGUACAACAGAAAAGAAACAGCCUAGCGGUAAACGGAGGAGGAGAAUCGAACAACAUAAAAGAGCCUCAGCGGAAUACUUAAUAAGUUCCGUGCUGCUACAGCAAAACUGUCCUAGUUGGAGGACAUCGCCGCCAGCCAACUUGAGAGACCGAUAGCAGCAACAGUAUGCCAGGCGAAUCGAAAACGACGGCUCCAGCAGCGGAACCGGUGCCAGCCGCAACGAAACCGAGCACACCGAAAAAGAAGCCCGCCACAUCGGGAAAGGCGGCUCUUGCGAAAGUCACAGUCCUCGACGGAUCGAUACUAGAAGUGACAAUUGAUCGUAAAGCCCGCGGGCGGGAUCUGCUAAAUUCAGUAUGCGCUGGACUGAACAUCCUCGAGAAGGAUUACUUCGGUCUGACCUACACGACGGCCGCCGAUCCUCGAGUAUGGUUGGAUCUCGAACGACCGGUGGCCAAAUUCUUCCGUUCCGAACCCUGGGAUAUGAACUUCGAGGUGAAGUUCUACCCGCCGGAACCGGCCCAGCUGCAGGAGGACAUCACCCGGUAUCAUCUGUGCCUACAGGUACGGAACGACAUCCUCGAGGGUCGGCUGCCGUGUUCGUUCGUUACGCACGCCCUGCUCGGUUCGUACCUGGUGCAGUCGGAACUGGGCGAUUACGAUCCGGACGAGAUGAAGGAUAGAGCCUAUCUGAAGGAUUUUAAAAUCGCCCCUAACCAAACGCCGGAGUUGCUCGAUAAGGUUAUGGAUCUGCACAAGACACACAAGAGUCAAACACCUGCCGAAGCGGAAUUGCACUAUCUGGAGAAUGCAAAGAAACUUGCUAUGUACGGGGUCGAUUUGCAUCCAGCUAAGGAUUCGGAGGGUGUCGACAUCAUGCUGGGAGUGUGCGCUUCCGGAUUGCUAGUUUACAGAGACAAACUUCGGAUCAAUCGUUUCGCAUGGCCAAAAAUUCUAAAAAUCUCGUACAAACGCAACAACUUCUACAUCAAGAUUCGGCCGGGCGAGUUCGAGCAGUACGAAUCGACCAUCGGCUUCAAGCUGGAGAAUCAUCGUGCCGCCAAGAAACUGUGGAAAGCAUGCGUAGAACAUCACACCUUCUUCCGGCUGAUGACACCGGAACCAACCUCCAAGUCGGGCCUGUUCCCCCGAUUAGGGUCGAAAUUCCGAUACUCAGGUCGCACUCACUAUGAAACGCGUAAAACACCGGUUGACCGACCGGCACCGGACUUCAAGCGCAGUCUCACCGGAAAGCGACUGUCGAGUCGUAGCAUGGACGCACUCGGUCAUCAGGAAAAGGAGAAGGCCGCCCUUAAGGAUCCGAACAAGGAUGCCAACAAGCGGCAUACAAUGUCUCAUCCGCCGGAUCACAUUCCCGAUCUGGAGUCCCCGACGCGUGGUUCGCGAAGUCCCAUCAAGAAGGACAAAAAGGAACGCAAACCAGUUGGCGGUAUUGCCGUCCUUCCCGUGGUCGGCAAGAAGGAUAAGGACAAAGCCGACAAGGAAGCUGCCUCUCCUGUGAAGGAGGAAGCGGCCGUUAAUGGCAACAAUGGCAACCAGGAAGCAUUGAAUUCUUCUACCGAAGAAAAGACUUCCCCGAGUGGAAAGCGAAAGGGUUUCCUCUUCUCGUCGGGUCGCAAGUCACCGAAAGAGAAGAAAACUCCGGGCGCCACACCGACAGCGGCGACCAACGGAGACGGUAGCACCCGAAAGGAUACAUCACCAGUGAAAGAGCAAGCACAAACCCAGCGUGGUCAGCAGCAGGCCGGUGGUAAGCCAGGUUUCACCAAACCGUACGAGUACUCGGAAAGCGAUCCGAACACUAGUCCCAACAAGAAGAACGUAAAAACACGCGGUUUCCGUUACGACGAAGAUCCAGCUCAACAUAUUCGCGAUAAGGAAGAUGUACAGCUAAGUCCGAACUCCCAGAGUCGUAGAGCUACCGGGUUGGCGUUCAACUACGCACCGGGAGAGGACGAAAAGGUCCGCGAAUCGGUAGAGAAGCGAAAGGCACCUCCCGGAACGGCAGCUCAUGACGCAGAUGCGAAGAAGGACAAACUUUCACCGAAGAGUGCCGCCGCUAGAGGUUUACCAGGAGAGACAGAUGCCGAAAAGGGAGUUCGUACCAGCGCUCGGUCCUAUUCUCCUAACAAGGGACGUGCAGGUGAUGCAGCUUUGACUGGUGCUGGACUCUUCCGUCCAUUGGAAGACGGUGGUCAGGCAGAUCCUAAUGCAGCGUUCAUUAGCGGAGAACAAGCUGGCGGAUUCGUGCCGGUUGUUGCCUCGACGGAACCUGCCAAAAAGAAGGUAAAAAUUAUGGUGAUCAUUUCGAGGUAUGACCCGAAAACCAAGAAAGUAGACACUUCGCAAGGUGUGGUGGAACACUCUACUGGUGUGUUGGACACCAAGAGUGGACAGAUCGAAAGUAAGUACGGAGUGAUUGAUCCAAAGGCGGGAACGGUUAUUAAUUUCAACCCUCGAACUGGCCAGAAUGAGACCUUCCAAGGUCAAACCGAUUCGAAGACCGGUCAAAUUCAUGUUGUCGGUGGAGUUGUUGAUGCAGCGACUGGAAAGGUCGAUGAUUCGCUGGGUCAGGCUAUCAUCAUUGCUCCGGAUGAUGAUUCGAUUGUUGAGAUUACCACCAUCACCAGCAAGGUUGAUCCCAGUACCGGCAAGAUUGAUACAACGAAUGGAGAGAUCGAAAGAACUCGAGGUAUUUUGAACAAUAAAACCGGCUUCAUUGCUACCAAGUAUGGUGAGAUAAAUCCGAAGACCGGGGAGCUCAGAACUGUUGAUCCCAAGAGCGGUAAAGUCAGUUCCCGAACGGUUGCCGUGGAUAGAGAUAAUGGACAGAUUACCGUGAUUGGAGUAACCGAUCCCAAGACCAAUAAACUGGAUAACAGCCAGGCUCAUCUGAUUGCCAUCGGUAAUCAAGUUGAUCCGGUUGUUGAGGUGACCUCCGUAUUGGGUAAACUCGAUAAGAAGGGCGCAGUCGAUCCUAAGACGGUGGUAUUUGAUAAGAGCACAGGUCAACUGGAUACCAAGGAUGGUAAGAUCAAUACUAAAUUUGGUCAAUUCGAUCUUGUAAAACAGACAGUCACCUAUGUCGAUCCGAAGACGGGAAAAACCGAAACUAAAGAAGUUAAAAUCGAUCCGGUAUCCGGUCAGGUGCUACUAAAGAACCAGGUGAAUCCGAAAACCGGAAAAGUUGAUAAAGAUUAUGGACGAAUCGUUUCCAUUCGUAUUGUGCAGAACCGUAUUGAUCCUGCUAGUGGCAAACACGUCACUACGGUCGAAGACAAAGACAUCCGCAUUGAUCCUAAGACGAAUCAAAUUUGGAUCCCGGAGAGCAAGGAUCCGAAAACUGGAGAAACAAUCUUUACCUCAAGUCAGGUCGACCCGAAGACCGGGUACGUGAUUACCAUCUAUGGCUACCUAAAUCCUAAAACCAACGAAAUUGAGAAACAGACCAAGCUAGACCCCAAUUUAACCAAAAUCGAUCCGACCACUGGUCAAGUUUACUCUGCAACCGGCUUGGUGGAUGAAGCAACCGGUGAACCGCUGUUCGCCGCUUCGCAAAUCAACGAAGAAAACGGUGAAAUCUACACCAAGGUUGGUAAAAUCGAUCCCAAAACGGGUAAGUUGGUAAUCAUUAAGAUUGUGAUCCUCACCAAGAAAGACGAGCGCGGAAAACCGGAAGAAGUUGAUUUGAACGGUGUGGAUCUCGAUCCGGUCACCGGUAAGAUUAACAACAUCGCAACGAAGACGGUCUACGUGUACAAAAUGCACGAUCCAAUCACCGGCGAAACCUACCAGGUCGAUCCGAAUGAUCCCAGCAUCGCAGGAGCACGAACAACGGUUACCCAAACUAUGACACUUAGCGGUGAAAUCGACCCGGUCACUGGCCGCAUCAAGUCGGAAUGGGGACACAUUGACCCGAACACCGGCGAUAUUGAUCCGGCCACGGCAAUCCGCGAUCCGGUUACCGGAAAACUGAUUCUGAACUACGCCGACAUCGAACCGAGCCACUUUGGCAAAAACGUUACUGUCACGAAGGAAACGGUUCCAAUCACUCGGGAACAAUUCUACGAAGGUAUCAAACAUCUCGGUAAGAGAGCGAUACGACGGGACUCGGAAAGCUCGGACGACGAUAUGGCCGAGUACGAAAGCGAAAGUAUUAAGGAAAUUAACUCGGGAACACCACGGGCAGCCGCCGGUGGUAAAUACGGCACGCCGACGGUGGUGAAAACGACAACGAAACAGGUUAUUACGAAGAACGAAGACGGUGUGACACACAACGUGGAAGAGGAGGUACAGAAUAUGGGAACCGGUCAGAUAGUGUACUCGACCCAGGAACAUAAGGCCGAUGCUCCGAGCGACAUUCAGGGUAAAUUCCUAACGGCUACAGCCGUCACUACGCGAACCGCUACCACUCACGAGGAUCUGGGAACGAACGCUAAAACACAGCAGCUGGAGGAAAAAACCGUCGCCACUACCACCACCCAGCACGGCGAACGGCAGGAACAGCGGGUUAUUACGCAGGAAGUGAAAACCACUGCCACGGUAACCAGCGGCGAUCAGUAUGCCCGACGCGAUAGCAUUUCAUCGACCAGUUCCGGCGAUUCCGGAACGCCAAUCGAUGGUCCGUACGAGGGCGCUGACGAUGGCUCGACGGUGAUCUACAACAAGAGCUACACGGGUGUUGACGAUGUUGCUGGCGCUUCGAAGAUCCCGACCGGUCCGAAUGUGGAACAUCACCGAGUUUUACUGGACGAUACUCACGAGGGCGUAUCGGCUGAGGGAGAGAUCGUUUCCAGUCAAACGGUUAGCAGCAAAACGCGGACAGUAGAAACGAUUACCUAUAAAACGGAACGAGACGGUGUCGUAGAAACGAGGGUAGAGCAAAAGAUCACCAUCCAAUCGGACGGCGAUCCGAUCGAUCAUGACAAAGCGCUUGCUGAAGCUAUCCAGGAAGCAACCGCCAUGAAUCCAGACAUGACCGUGGAGAAAAUCGAAAUUCAACAACAAACGCAGUAAGAAAAAAAAACCAACGAACGGACGCUUGCGUUUUGCGGAAUGCAUCUCCAGGUUGAAUUUCGUGCAGUGAGAGACAGGCAUGCUUUUAUUUUGCGACGAUAGAACGAGGUUUCUAUGCUGGAAAACAGUAUCAAAUCAAAUCGUUCGGUAUUUUCUUUCGCUGGUAAUAAGUUUAGGAAGGCAAGCAAACAGUUGAAAAACAGUCACACGUUUUAUUGAUAGGAAGGUCGAUAUUGCAAAAAAAAAACAAAAAGCAAAAUCGAACGGAAAGUUGCGUAGGUUAAGCAUUUACUAAUUUUAAUGAACCAAGAAAAUAAAAUUUUUCGAAAUGCGAACAGAAACAAUCAAAUCGCUUGAUGUCUGAGAAUAGAUAGUUCGCUAAUGGCAAAAAGAAGUAACGCAAGAAGAAGCAAAGCAAAGUUGUUGAACAAUAUUUAACAAUAUUUACACACACCGAAGAGAAUGAGAAGCUUAUAUUGAUUGGUGAAGAAAUAUUCACGAGCUAGAAGUGAGCAGAAUAUCGAGUGUUUGCUUUCAAUGUUUCACGUUCGCAAAGCGCCUGAAAGAGGAGACAUUAAUCGUGAGUUGUUUUAUGGAGGAAUCGCAAUUAUUAAAAGAAAAACAAAGUUUACUAAUAUUGCUGAAAAUAAAACAGAAGGAGAGAGUUAUACAAAACGUUUCCUGUCUGCUGUUGCUACCACUAGUGAUUGUACAACAUACACUCGUAGCUAAAUAUACAUUAUACACAUUUUCCCUUCUUCAACGUACCUAAAAUCAGAAUUGUAGCCAGAAUUACAUUUUUCCUAGUCGCUGUUGAAUUCGCUAACCAAUAUAAACAAACAGAACAGUUACGCUGAUCAUAUUUAGUCAACAAAAAACGUAAGUACCAUCGUGUUCAUUGAAUGGAUUCAUUAAUAAUUCGCAAAAAUCUGUACAACAAGUAUCAUCAACUUUCAUAGCAACAAUCAGACAAGACCAAUCAAUCUGCGAUCAUCGCUAGGAAUCGCAACAGGUUAGGAACCGGAAAUGAAGCGACACUCGACACAAACAAAAUUGCAAGAUGCCUUAAUUUAAUCCCGAGAUAAUACCCCCUUAGAAAGCUCGACUAAUAAGCAGUGCUUACAAUGGACUAAUCGAUUCAGCAUACACGGUGCCAUUGUCACUAAAGUCGACGAUUCCUCUUCAAUAUUUUGUUUUUCUGAUAAUUUUCAAUUAUCCGUGCACAAUUAACUAUUCUCUCUCUCUCCUUUGUAUUUUCUAACGUAAUACUAACGAACGUGUUUCUUCCGAUGCAAUAAGUAACGUUGUUUAUGUCUACCUUUUUAUGUUACUAUUUAUUUCUUUACUUUAAUUAACAUUCCGAGGAAAACUCAUUGCAAACGUUCUAAUGAAACAUCCUAAACGUACUAAAUCACCCUUAUUUAUGUUUUUACGAUCCUUUUCCCUAUUUUUAUGCCUCCCAAAAAAAAUUAUAAAAAUUACAUUGAAAGUAUCGAAUCUUGCUUUCUAUUCAAACAUAAACAUCCUCAGUCUAUUGAAUAUGUGUCAAGAGAAACGCUGAAGGAAUGUGUUUUCGGCAGAGUUAACCACACACACACUUCGUAAAGUAAUAUAUUUUUGUAAUCGAAAGCUUUUUGCGUAGAUAUAAAAUACACAAAACAAAAAAUUAAAUUACUGCUCGCUUUGCCGAGGAAGAAGCGGAGGGUACAAGUUGAAGCACUGUCGAUUUCAGUUUGAACCCUCUCGUAACGUAAUAUCAAUACCUAUGUAUUUGUGUGUGUAUGUUCGAUCGCGUAAAUUGAGCACAGCCCUUCUGGCGGCGAAGCAGUUUGUUGAGUUAGUUUUUACUAAAAAAAAAUCAGAUAAUUUGUAUUUUUUCCACUGGUUCUGUGCUCCCAAAGCGGAACAGUGACAUCGUUUUGAUUUUUUUUUGUUUUGCCUUUGUGUAAACCGGUCCUUUGAGUAGAUUGAGAAAAAAAUAAAAAUAAAUGUUUUAGUGUAGAUUCCGAUUUGUUUACCCUUAUUGACAUCAUUUUUUUUAUUUUGUAAUCAUUCUAUUAUUUUUGUUUUAAGAGAGAUUUAUUUAUGGCAAGUAGGAGUAAACUACCUUUCAAAAAAUCUUCACAUUAGUUUUUAGAGUCCCAUUUCGAUGUUGUCAGCUUAUAAUGAACGAAACGAAGAAAUUACAGCAACUUUUGAAAUAAUGCAUUGGGCACCAAACGACAUGUGAUGGAAAUAUUAAAUGGAAACAACAAAUAAAAGUACGAAACCGCGCUGUUGCGAUAAAUGUUAAGCCGAACAAAAUGAGUUGUAAAGCUAAGCUGAUCGUUGAAAACAAAAAAUUCAAAUGGGCACAUUUAAACGUACAGCUGACAUACGCAGAAAGAAAAAUAAAAUGGUUAAGUCUAGCUUAUGUGAC